UCAACAUUAUUAUCAUCAGACUAUAUAUUUUUGUAUUGGAAUGUUUAUCAUUUAACAUAGCAUCGCCACCACCGCCACUACUACCACCACCAUCACUACCACCACCACCACCAUCAAUCCAACAAUGAUUUUUUUUUCCUUCCCACCAGGACGAACCUCUUCUUUCGCAACACAUGAUAACUACAAGACACGGGGCGCCUACUGUGUUCAAGAACGACUCUGAAAAAAAAAUGAAUAAAUACAAGAGAAAAAAAGAAGUAUGACAGCUGAAAGAGACUAUGUAAUACCGUGGAAUUCUUGCAGAUCUCUAAUAAUUCAUCGUGACUUCCACACGCCUGUGUUGGGAGCGUAGGUGCGGUAGAGGGACAGGAGCAAUAGAAGAGGGAGGGCUAGACAGUCCAUGGCCAGCAGUGGACGGGAGGGAAGGCGUGGUGAACGGAGCGUUGCAAGGUGCCCAGUUUGAUGAAUGGGUUGUGUGAUGUCUUGGCUGUGUCAUCCCCUGCCACUGUCGUUGCUGCUGCUCCUCCCACGGCUCCUCGAUGCCUCCCGCUUCCCCACGGGCUGGUAUCCUCACCAUCCCUUCGGCCACACCAAUGUUACCUUGAAGGACCCCAGCCAGCACAGCGUGGGCAACAGGGCAUUUUUGCGGGUUGCAGUAGAGGAAUGGGAACCGCACGUGAAGGUGAUGACGGCAUCUGACGGCACCAUUACCAUCAGCGGCCCCAUGGCCAAUCUGCUGAAAGCUCUUGCCGAGACGCUCAACUUUAGUUACACGUUAGUGAGGCCAGCAGAUGGAGCAUGGGGCGCCCCGGACGAAUUGGGCAACUGGAACGGCAUGAUUGGCAUGGAGGCAGACUUGGCACUGGGUCCAUUUGGAAUGACAGAGGAACGGACGAAGGCUGCUGAAUUUUCAUAUCCAAUAAUGAUUGACUAUUACAAGAUCCUGGUGAAGAGAGGCCAUGCUCAACUCAAUCCAUGGGGCUUCCUCAACCCUCUACAACCCCUCGUGUGGUUUGGGGUGUGGCUGACUUUCUGCAUGGCUUGCAUCACCCUUGCACUCUCCAGACUUGUUCUUCAGUGGGAAAGGUUGCCCAUCACUUCCAAUAUCAUGGUGGCUCUUAGAUGUUCCUGGGAUCAGCUGGUUAUCCUCUUGCAGCAAAGUGAGUUCUUACAUUGA